UAUCAGCAGCUCUUACCUUUCAGUUGAUGUGGCGAAACCGAUUACUAGUGACUUCCGAGUGAGUUGAACAAGUUGAUCCCCGUGUCACUAGUUAGCAGCUUAGCUAGGGGAUAUGCUAAUACGUUAGCUAACCCUUCAAGGCUAGGACGUGCUGACGUUAAUGUUAGCUAGUCAGUGUGAACAAGAUGGCAGGUACUUUUCGACGCACCCGGCCUAACAUCAGUGACAGACACAUCUGAUCGGUGUGAUUUAAGAUUUCAAGUACUGUUGUUGAAUUGACCGGGCUAUGACACCUUUUAACGUAAUUAAGGGUGGUGUUAUUCAAAGGCCUAGUGACACGGGUGGCUUGAAUGAGUGUACCUCUAAACUUACAACAUGUCUUCCCCGCCAUGCGUAGUAGCUAGCGAACCAAGGCAAGCCAAUGUGAAUACAUAACUGGGACGCAAGCGCGGAAAUCUAAGAAAUUAUCAUAUACGACUCACCAUUUGCUCGUUUGAGAGCAUUUUCCGGUCGUUGGAAAUAGGCCGGCAUUUUUCUGACUUUCUCGCGGAAUGAAGAGAAGGUUGGUUUGGGUGAAUUUGACAAAUUUCACCGGUCCAUCCGCGCCAGGCAUUCACCCGUUCCGACAAGCUCCUAGGAAAGGAAUGAACCACGUGAACGGCCCACAUCAGUGACGACAAAGGUUCCCGUAUGUAACAGAAGAGACGUACAUCAGAUAGAAAGGCUUUUACGACUGAAUUGUAAUGGGAGAUGGCGGCACCAGAAACUCAGCUCAUGCUAAGCAUUGGAUUAAUUGAGAAAGACGUCAAUGCAGACACCUUGUGGGUGUGGUGCUAUCCCUCAGUCAGUGCUGAGCUCCGGGAGGUCCUGCUCAGUAAGUGCUGUCUCACACAGGACGGCCAGGGCCUGAACACCUUUGUGUUCGGCCAGUUCUGCCGUACCUGGUACUACAUAUCCACUGUAGAGGUACAGGAAUCUACCGCCCUAAAGAAGGUCACACAUUUUUCAUUAGUUGUCACAGCAAAGGACUUCAACCCUGAGAAGUAUGCGGCAUUCAGUCGAGUACUAUGCAGAAUGUACAUCAAACAUGGGAGCCCAGUGAAAAUGGUGGAGGGUUACAUUGCAGUCCUCACCAAAGGCAUCUGCCAGAGUGAUGAGAAUGGCUCCUUUCUCAUCAAGGACUACGAUGUCAGGAAGGCCUACUUAGCAGGCUCAGUGAAAGAUGUGGUGUCCCAGUUUGGGAUGGAGACCAUCAUCCUGUACACAGCCCUUAUGCUAAAGAAGAGGAUUGUGGUCCAUCACCCUCGGAUUGAAGCACUGUUGGAGUUCACAAGAGCUCUUCCAGCUCUGACAUGGCACAGGAAAGACUGGUCCAUUCUGCACCCUUAUGUCCACCUGACUGACAGUGAGCUGGAGAAUCUCAGGACAUGCACUGGAUAUGUGGCAGGAUUUGUUGACCCACAAGUGAGCAACAGACCAGACUUGUUUGAUGUGUAUGUAAACCUCCCAGAUACUGAGAUUACCGUAUCCCAGAGUGCCAAAGAUGCCAUGGCUAUGGGAAAGUUGCACAAAGACAUUGGCCUCGUCAUUGUCCAGUCUGCAGAGGAUGCUGAUAGAACAGAUGGGCAGGUUAUCAAGGACAUUUCCAUAAAGACGAGGGAGAUCCUUGCUAACCUGGCGUCCUUAGCUGAGGACUGUGAGAACUCUAAAAUCACCCUGGAGACCUUAAAGCAGCGUCACUUCCCACCUGCUACCGAAAACUUCUUGUUCCACUUGGCAGCUGCUGAGCAGCUUCUCAAGAUAUGACCCUUGACCUCCUACAUCAUCUGGUGUGAGGUCACUCUGAAUAUUAGCAUGGGUAUUCAUCUAUGUAAUUAUACAUACAGUGCAUUCGGAAAGGAUUCAGACCCCUUGACUUUUUCCACAUUUUGUUACAUUACAGCCUUAUUCUAAAAUGUAUCAAAUAGUUUAUGUAUAAAAAAAACUGAUAUCACAUGUACAUAAGUAUUCUGAGUAAGUCAGAAGUCAGUACUUUAGCAGCGAUUACAGCCUUGUCUUCUUGUGUAUGACGCUACAAGCUUGGCACCUGUAUUUGGGGAGUUUCUCCCAUUAUUCUCUGCAGAUACUCUCAAGCUCUGUCAGGUUGGAUGGGGAGUG